AUGCAAGUUUCGGUCGCAGCGCACAAUGAGUUCUUCGUAUGGAGAGAGUUCUUAUGGGGAGGCAUUGCUGGUGCUUUUGGGGAAGGCAUGAUGCAUCCUGUUGAUACCGUAAAGACGAGAAUCCAAAGUCAAGCUAUUCUUAGUGGAGGAACUCAGCAGACCCCAAAGAGCCUGCUUCAGAUGGUUCGAGCAGUUGCAGUUACUGAUGGAGCAAGAGCAGACCCAAAAGAACUUCAGAUUAUCAACUUUCUCUUGACUGAAACUGAUCAUCAUCCUUUAGGCUUUUAUAGAGGUAUAACUCCUGGGGUUACUGGAUCCCUUGCAACUGGAGCGACAUAUUUUGGCUUUAUUGAGUCUGUCAAAAAGUGGAUCCAGGAAUCACAUCCUAACCUUGGGGGUCAUUGGGCACAUUUCAUCGCUGGAGCUGUUGGAGAUACACUUGGUUCGUUUGUUUAUGUUCCAUGUGAAGUAAUGAAACAACGCAUGCAAGUGCAGGGCUCAAGAACAUCUUGGACUUCUAGCAUUAUGAAAGACAACAUCUCCAGGAAAUCUGGUGAGCAAAUUUAUGGCUAUUACACUGGGAUGUUCCAGGCUGGCAGUUUACUAUUGAAGGAGCAGGGGCCAAGAGGACUAUAUGCUGGAUACUGGUCUACACUUGCAAGGGAUGUGCCCUUUGCUGGUUUAAUGGUUAUGUUUUAUGAAACCCUAAAAGAUUUGACAGAGUAUGGGAAACAAAAAUGGAUACCCAGUUUAGAUCACCUUAUUAAUGGUUCUGUGGAGGGACUUGUCCUAGGAGGAUUGGCUGGGGGUAUGUAA